AUGAUUCCAACUAUAAAAAGAGCAAUUCAAAAAGCACCAAGAUCAAUAAAUACUCAAUCAAAAAUACCAGUUACAUCUUCAAAAAUCACAACUCGUUAUUUCAAUCAAUCAACAAUCAACAGAAUUGCACAUGAAGAAGAAUUAGUAAAUCUUAAUGAAUUACCAAGAAAAGAAGAACCAGAAAUUUAUGUACCUUUAGUAAAUCCAGCUGAUAAAUACAAAGUUCAAAUUGAAGAAUUACAUAAAUUUGGUACUUAUAUAAUGUCAUGUUUACCAAAAUAUAUUCAACAAUUUUCAGUUUGGAAAGAUGAAUUAACAAUAUAUGUUGCACCAUCAGCUAUAAGACCAGUUAUGUCGUUUUUGAAAAACCAUACACCAGCUCAAUUCAAAGCUUGUAUGGAUGUAACAGCUGCUGAUUAUCCAUCAAGAACAAAUAGAUUUGAUGUUGUAUAUAAUUUAUUAUCAGUAAAACAUAAUUCAAGAAUUAGAGUUAAAACUUAUGCAAGUGAAACUAGUCCAGUUCCAUCCAUAACUCCGUUAUUCAACGGUGCUAACUGGUAUGAACGAGAAACUUACGAUCUAUUUGGAAUUUUUUUCACUGGUCAUCCAGAUUUAAGAAGAAUUAUGACAGAUUAUGGUUUUGAAGGACAUCCAUUAAGAAAAGAUUUCCCAACUACAGGAUAUACUGAAUUAAGAUAUGAUGAAGAAAAGAAAAGAGUUGUUUAUGAACCUUUAGAAUUAACUCAAGCUUGGAGAAAUUUUACUGUUGGUUCAUCAGUUUGGGAACAAGUUGGUGAUGGUAAAGAUUUUACUCCUGAGAAUUUCAAAUUACCAAAACCAGAACCAGAACCAGAAACAGAUGAAAAGAAAGAUGGUAAAAAAUAG